AUGGCAAUCUUCCUGCUGGUGGCGCUCUCAACCUCCCACAUCGCAUCCUCACUCCGUCCGAGUCAAGGUGUCUGCCAUGCAAGUGGCUAUCUUCUAGAAAAGUCGGGCAACUGUGAGAAGAGCAGCGACACGAAUUGUUGUGAGGACAGCAAGAGCUUUGAGAAGGGCAAGGACAGCGGUGGCUCAUCGGAGUGUGACAAUGCCUACCAUAGCAAUAAGGAGAUGGUUGUCGCGCUGUCCACCGGCUGGUUCAAGAACAUGGCCCAUUGCGGGCACUGUAUUAAGAUCACUACCAAUGGAAACUUCGUGUACGCCAAGGUGGUGGACAAGUGCGACUCUGUGUAUGGCUGUGAUGAAGAUCACAACUACGAACCGCCAUGUGCCAACAACAUAGUCGGUGCCUGUCCAGCAAUGUGGAACGCGUUAGGGCUCGACCAGAACGUUGGCAUGGAGGGCAUCACCUGGUCUGAUGUAACGCCCUCGAUGCGGCUAUAG